GAACUGGGACACCAUGCAUGUAGCUAAUAAUAACGGCACACGCUACCAUGUCGGUGUGGUCGCUCGCCUUUCUGCUGUUUAUCAGAGGGUUUACUUUUUCUGCAGGAGGCGACUGUGAAGUGUGUGUGGACUUUCUCAACAGACUGUAUGGCAGUCUGACCUCAGCUAACAGGGAACUCACCCCCUCUUUGGUGGAGGAGGAGCUGAUCCAGGCCUGCGCUGUCGCCCAGGGGAAGGAAGCGAGGCUGUGUUACUACCUAGGAGCCAGCAGUGAUGCCGCGACCCGCGUCACAGCAUCAGUGUCUCGACCUCUGGCCUCCCACGUUCCUGUUGAGAAGAUCUGCCAACGUCUCAGCAGCAGAGACACACAGAUCUGUCAGCUCAGAUAUGAGCCUCAGCUGAAGGAUCUGAGCAGUGACGGGCUCAAAAAGCUGAGAGUCUUGGAGCUGAGGAACAUUUUAGCCUCAUGGGGAGAAGAGUGUCGAGGGUGUUUGGAGAAACACGAGUUUGUCAGCCUCAUUCAGGAGAAAGCACCGCUGCACAGUCACAGUAUGGAACUAUGAAUAGUGACUGGUAUUCUCUAAACCCACCCAUCCACACAGCAAAAAGUCAAAUUAUUCUUGUAUUCUCAAACAUUAACUUACACAGACCUUAUUUCAUUCAUGUAAAGUCCACCUCCAGACAUGAACUGAAGGAUCAGUGUGUAGGAUUUAGAGGGAGGCCAGUUGCAGUCUGCAAUCCUUACCACUAGAUGCCACUAAAUUCCCCUAAAUCUUACUCACUGAACCUUUAAAGGCAGAUUUAUACUUGCUCUGUGCAGAGCCUACGCUGUGGCCUACGCACGUGGCCUACGACAUUGUGAGCAUUUAUACUUGUGUGGUGGUGUGUCUGUGCCACUCCGCAGUUACACCUCUAAAACACUGGUCUGUGGUGGCAUUUCUGUGAAGUACUGCAAAGUUUAGGUGAUUCGAAACACACCUAAAACACACAUUAAACAUGGCUUAAUAGAGACAGUUUCAAACCUAAACACAAAAUCAGCUUCACUAUAACUCGCAGCAUUCACAGACAAAACACUUGUCUUUAUUGGACACAUUUUCCACACAUACAACAUGCUAAUGUUAUUAGCACAAGUCUAUGGCAUUUUACAUUGUAAAAAUUUGCCUAGCAAUUAGUGGAGAUUUCCUCUACCCAUAUGAAGCCAGGAUGAAUCACACACAGCUUCAUUUCCACUGAGGGAAAUGGUUUUCAGCUUACAAAAAUAGACAGGAGGUCUGCGUCCCCACGAUGUGCAGUUACAUUUCUUGGGAGGAGCACGUCAGGCUGUGGCGUAGGUUACAGCCUUGAUUUGACACAGAAGUAUAAAUCCCACUUUAGUCAGCCAUUUUUUAAAUUCCUUUAAAUCCCUUGCAACAUUUUGCUCAUCUCUAAUGUAAAGAUUAGAGCACAUCCUGGGUAGUGGUAACUUCUGCUUCUGUGAUGCCAGAUGAGUCAUAAAAUCUAUUUCUGUCCUGUGAUAUUUCAAACUGAUUCAAUGACACAAACAAAAUAUUCAAUUCUUAUUUUCAUGAACUCAUUUGUUGCAGCAGCCAUCCACCAGAGAGGCUUCUGACUACAGUACACUACAUCAAGUGUCAUGAACUUUUCCAAGCAUGUGAAAGUGUUGAAAGUGUAUUGUUGUUGGCUUUACACAGAGACCCUUGCUCUUACAACACACAGUGUAGGUGACAAUGACAAGGAUGAUGUAAGGCCCUGUUCAGGAUGCACAGUAACAAGAUAAUGUAACCAUUAAUAAAAGGCACACUUGAUAAACAGAACAACUGUACUCAUUUGCAUUAGUCAUAAAUUGUGAUUAGUGACAAGCUGUAUGCACUAAUGUUGUUUACCAGAUUGUGUAACCUUUUCCAGGACUGUCAACAUUUCACACAGUUUAAGGCAGGAGUGGUGUUACUAGAAGUCAAAGCUUGAAGGUCUGCUGUGGGUUUGUGGGUUAACCAGACCUCCUGUUUCAGGAUAUGACACAAAGUUGUAGACAGCAGUAGACAAUACUUAAUGCUGUAA